AGUUUGUUGGCAGUGAACGGAACGAAGCGCUGUCGUAUAGAUCGCUGGCUGGCCGUCUGGCUGAAAAUAGUGAACGAAGUAUGAGUUUUCGAAAUAUGUUCGAAUAAAAAGUGAACAGUGAGUGACUGUCAUCGAGCAAGAUGGUUGAUGACGUGAAAGAUAUUACGGAAAACGCUGAAAGUAAAGUGUCGUCAGAGGCUUUGGACCGGUCGAGGUUGGCGCGCGAGCGGCGGGAGGCGGAGCAGCGCAAACGGCUUGACGAGCUGCGAGCGCACGCGGCGGCCGCGCAAGCCCAGCGUGAGAAACGAGACGAGGACCGCCGUCGAAGACAAGCUGAGCAGCGCGCAAGAGAUGACGACAGAAGGCUACAGGCCGAGCAGCGAGCGAGGGACAGCGACAGAAGGCUCCAGGUGGAAGAACGCAAGCGUGCGAUAUGGGAGGCGUCAGUAUCCCGACGGGAGGCACUUCUCCAGAGAGAGAAGGAACGCACGGAGCGCCUGGAACGGGCCAGAGCUGCGCGCUCCACUCCCAGGCCUGCGUUCGCCUUCGGUUCCUCGACACCUCGACUGCUGGAGCCGGUUGAUUCAGCUGGAUUCUUCUGGGCCGCGCGCAGUACCAACCCACUCGAUCAGAUGAGCUUUUUUGACUCGCUGGCUGCAUCAACGACAAAUGUGAUGUUCGCGUCUGCGCCGCUCACGAGACGAGCGUCGGCGUUACACCUAGACACAUCCGACACUGAUAAUAAAGACGAACCCGACCGUCAGCCGACGGUAGUGUGGUCGUCGGUGGCCCGGCGGCGCACCGACCUCGUGCCCACGUUGCCCGCCCCGCGCGCGCCAGGUAGGGCAUACUCCAUGACGCGACUGGACAAGCUGCCCCGCCUGACGCCCGUCUCCUCGCCCUCCAUUCAACACCUCAACCGCGCCCAGACGCGGUCCGGGGAGACGACGCCGGGCUCGCGGCCGGGCAGCGCGCUGUCCAACGCGGGCGUGGUGCGGCGCGCCGCCUCCGCGCCCCGCAAGCCGCGCCCCGCCUCCAUCGCCGGCACCGGCGUUAAUACGCCCAGAGGCGGGGGGGACACAGGAGCGAACAGUAUCGCAACCACGCCGUCAGUAUCCCGCGAUGCGACGACGGUGGCGGGCGGGGACGCGCCGCGCCGGCCGCCCGCCGCGCGCAAGCCGCGCCCGCUCUCGCUGCACGCCUCGCCCAGACCUGUUUCAGUGCAGUUAAGUUACAGUUGUACUUGGUCUGCAGCGCCCCCCACCACCCCGGGGGAGGGCAAGCCGCCGCUGCAUAGGAAACCAAAGCCUGCCAAAGAAUAUGAAAAGCGCGGCAAGUCGCAGUCCCCGGGGCGCGCGCUGUCGCCCACGCCGCCGCGACACUCCGCAGAUACUAUGGAUAAGAGCGUGAGUUCAGACAAGCGUCAAGUGAGCGCCAUAGAAGUGACGCAGAAGCUGGAGGCGCUGCAGAUCGGUGACGUCAUCACCACACAACAAAUACACGAUAAGGUAAACGAAAACAUUGAGAAUGUAGAAAGUAAGCCGGAACCGAAGCCCGAACAAAUUGUAGAAGAAAAUAAAGAUAAACCGAUAGAAGUACAGAAGCCCGUUGAAAAGGAAGAGCAACGCGAGGAGCCGCAAGAAAGAAGAGAGGAGAAGAAGGAACCUUUGCAGGAAAGGAAAGAAGAGAAGAAAGAGCCGUCUCAGGAGAGGAGAGAAGAGAAAAAGGAGCCGUCUCAAGAGAAGACGGAGGAUAAUGAAAUGACUGCGUCAAUGAUGGCCCGGCGCAUCACCACUGAGGAGGAGGCGAAGGCGGCGCUGGCGGAGCGCAGGCGGCGCGCGCGCGAGGAGCUGGAACGUCAGGCGGAGCUGGAGAGGCAGCGUCUCCAGCGCGAGGCGGAGGAGGAAGCGGAGAGACAGCGACUGGAAGAGGAGAGACAGCGGCGGGAAGAGGAGGAGGCGCGCGAGCUGGCCGCGCUGCAGCGACGUGUUGAAGAAGAAAAACUGCGGAAGGCUAUAGAAGUGCAGCAGGAGCUGGAGCGGCAGGAGGCGGAGCGGCGCGCGCGCGCGGAGGCGGAGCGCGAGGCGCGGCUGCGCGAGGAGGAGGAGAAGCGGCGCGCCGCCAGCGCCGCCGAGCGCCUGCGCCGCGAGGAGGCGGAGCGCGAGGAGAAGGAGCGCCUCGCCAGGAAGCAGCGUGUCGAAGCUAUCAUGGCACGCACACGUCUACGUAAGCAAGCAGAGGAAGAAAAGAAACAGCAAGAGAGCAAAGCACAACAUACACCAGCCAACAACGAACACACCGGAGAACAAGCAAACACACAAGCAAGCGAGCAAGUCAACACACAAGUCAGUGAACAAAUCAGUGAGCAAGUCACUACGCAAGUCAGUGAAAUCACCACAGAAGCCAGUGAAGUUUCCCAGUCAAGUGAAAUAUUACAAGACAGCACUGUCACUGAAAACAAACCUGUGUUAGAACCUGAACAAACCUCACAAGUUCCAGAUGUAAUUACGCAGCAAAGUGAAGGACACGUGCACGUGAACAUCGCGGUGCCUCCGCCGGAGCACGUGCCCCGCAGCCGGGAGGAGCACGUGCCCGUGGCGCAGGGCGUGUCUGUGCUGGUGCCCGACAACGGUAACACAGUGUACACCCACGACCUGCUGCAGCUCGCACCCACGCAGCAAGAAGGCUCCUCGCAGAGCGCGCACGGCGUCAACAACGGCAACGUCACUGUCGACCUGCUGGGACUGUCCGACACAACUGAUAACAAGGACACCUCCGAAACGCAGUCGACGACCGUAACCAAACAGAACGACAACACGCCGACGUUAGCUGCCAACAACGGCAACCAACACAUUGGCCACAUAUCGGCCAACUUCAUACAGAACGAGCGCACGUUGGCCGAACACGACCAACCCGCACAAGUUGGACAGAUCAAGUUGGCCGAUAUGCCCAAGCUGUUGGACGACGACUUCACCACGCACAACGGCCACAGCGCGACGCACGGACACCCGCUGACGUUGCAAAAUGCAAUCUAAUGUAUGCGACAUAAGGUUCAAUAUUGAAUGGUUUUCAUAGCGUAUAUAUUGGCUGGACGAGUCGGAGUCCAAGCGAUUAUGAACUUAAUGCUCUAAGGGAGAAGGUCGGCUUUUGAUUAUUGCUGUUUUUUUUUUCGUAUUGACAAUGAAUUCUAAAUGAUUCUAAAAUUGACAUUUUUUAAAUUGAUAGAAAUUAGCUGCUGGCUAUUUUUUUAUUUCGAAGUUGAUUAUUUUUGGUAGGAUUUUCUACGUUUUUAUAAAAUUCAAUGUGUUUAAAUUAUUUAUUAGUAAUGAAUCAAAGUUAAAUGGAGAAAAAGGGAAGUACUGUAGAGUAUUUUACCGUAAAAUGGUUGUGUGUGGUUGUAUUUUGUUGCGUAUUAAUUUAUUUUGUAAAUAACACGACCAAACAGCCAAUAUGUAUGCAUUGGGAACGGCCACGCCUGCGGGAUAGCGCCUUCUCUUUCACUCACAGCACGAGUGAACGAGACGGGAGAUUUCAUUCAAUUGUAUGGGAAAUUGUAUGUGUUUUGAGUGAAAAAUGCAUUGUGCGGGUUUUUAAUGUAAUAUGUAAUUAAUCGAUUAAUGCAUUUAUCCACGAUUUUACGACAGAAAGCGUGUGCUUUGCGCAGAUUUAUAUCAUAAACUAAAUUUCGAUGAAAAAAAAUAUUUUUGUAGGUAAAAAAAUUAGGAAUCGCAGACUAAUAGACAAGGUCUUAUAAACAAAAUUAAUUGCCUAAUAAACAAGCCUUUGUGGAAUAAAAUUUGUUCAAAGACCGUAGACUAACAUAUAAACGCGGUAUUAAUUUAAACUUAGGAAUAAACUGAGUAUAAGUUUAUUCCUAGGUUUAACUUUACACCGCGUUUAUUUCUAAAGUUCCGUCAGUUUGAAAAAGCUUUUGCAUAACACCAUCCAUCUGUCAGGUUAUUUGUCCUUAAAAUUCUCUUUAAAUAAUUAGAGACAACGAUAUGUGUAAAUACAAAUUUCACUGCAGACAAAAUUA